AUGGAGUAUUUGAUAUUUCCUUGUGUGUUCAGAGAUGUCGACUUCAUCUACGAAAAAGCAAUUAGAGAAGGAGCAGUAGCAAUAUUCAAACCUAGGAUUUUGAGUGACGAAAACGGGCUGUUGAAACUAGCUACUGUUAGGUUGCCAUCUACCGAUAUAUGUCAUACUCUUAUUGAGCAUAUCGAUUACUCGGGUCCAUUUUUACCUGGAUAUGUUGGCAAUAUUGAAGAAGAGUCUGUGGAAUAUACCGACCAGCUUUCUCAAUUACCAGCUGUCAAUCUUUGUCGUAUAGAUCACUGUGUUCAGAACUACACUUGGAAUCAAAUGAUGGACAAGGCAAGACUCUAUACUCGAAUAUUUGGACUACACAAGUAUUGGUCGGUUGAUGAGACUGACGUAGCGACAGAAAACACCGCGUUAAGAUCUAUUGUCAUGGCGUCGAGCAAUGGAAGAAUAAAGAUUCCAAUUAAUGAACCAUUCAAGGGGAAGAAACGGGGACAAAUUGAAGAGUUUUAUGAUUUCAAUGGUGGACCUGGGGUUCAACAUAUUGCGUUGCUGACAACCAACAUUAUCAGUACCGUUGGUCUGCUUAUUCAAAGAGGGGUAACUUUCAAUAGUAUGGGCAAUGAGUACUAUGACGAACUUCGUGAACGCUUACACAACGACGACAUUAUUUUGAAAGAAGAUCUUUCGGAACUUCAUCGGCUCAACAUCUUGGUUGACUAUGAUAGCUCCAGUCGUCGCAAAAAGGAUAAAGGGUGCAAUUACAUCUUGCAAAUUUUCACCAAGCCUCUACAUGAUCGUCCAACUUUGUUCAUUGAAAUCAUUCAGCGUCAUCAUCAUAAUGGGUUCGGGAAAGGCACUUUCAAGGGUCUCUUCAAGUCGAUCGAAGAACAACAAGAAAAGCGUGGAACUUUAGUUGAUAUCUAA